UGUCACUGUCAGCUGUCAGUGUCAAAUCAAAACAUCCAAAAUUUAAAAGAGUUGUUGUGCAGUUUACAAUUUUAAUAAAAUAUUUAAUUUCAGAAAAUGUUUUAAUUAUAAAUUGAUUAUUCAAUAUCUAUCAUAAGUACUUAAUCAAUAAUUGACUGUGUUAAAUUAUGGAUACAAAGAAAUCCCUAAAAAAUCGCAAGACUCCAAAAGUAUUAAAUGAGGUCAGUGAACUUUCUGAAUCGGAUAAAUUCUUCAAAAGCUCAGAAAAUAAGAGAGAAGUGGGAGAUGGAGCGCCAGCUGAAAACGAAGUUGAGACAUCGAAAACAGUAAUCAAAACUAUAGAAGAUGUGGACAAAGCGAUCCCAAGUUUAUAUUUACAUUUAAAACUAGAUCUAGUUUUCAUUAUUCUACUCCUAGCGGCACUUGGUACAAGAAUCUACAAUUUAGAAGAUCCCAGAUACAUUGUGUUUGAUGAAUUACAUUAUGGAAGAUAUGUAACCCUAUACACAAAAGGAGUGUUCUUCUUUGACGCUCACCCUCCUCUAGGGAAACAGUUGCUCUAUUUAGCUGGACACCUAGCCGGGUACAAUGGUAAUUUUACAUUUGACAGAAUCGGCUCAGCUUACUCUGAGUCUGUGCCAGUAAGAGCCUUGCGUAUUGUGCCAGCUAUUAGUGGCAGCUUGCUUGUUGGAAUUACAUAUCAACUCAUGCUAGAAAUAUCUACAUAUCAAUCAACUGCUAUACUUGCUGCAGUCCUAGUAUUAUUUGAAAACUCAUUCCUAGCUCAAUCUAGGUUUAUGCUACUAGAAAGUAUACAGAUAUUAUUUGGAUUGUGGGGCAUUUUGUGUGUCAUCAAGAGCACUCGCAGAACUGGAUAUGCAGCAGUACUAUGGUUGUGCUUUGGUGCUUUUUCUCUUGGAUGUUGCUUCUCAGUAAAAUAUUCGGGAAUUUACACUUACUACUUGGCAAUAUUCCUAGUUGGACGACAAAUGUGGAGACGAAUGAGCAAUACCGAAUCCGGGCUAAGGCUUGCUGUGUCUACAAUAUGGAGACUGGUGGUUUUAAUUGGUAUACCAUUGGCGGUGUACAUUGGCGUGUUUUACGUUCACUUGGCGAUGUUGCCUAAGGCGGGGCCUCACGAUAGCGUCAUGACGAGUGCGUUCCAGGCCUCGCUGAAGGGAGGCCUCGCCAGUAUAACUAAAGGACAACCGUUGCAUGUGUCGCACGGCUCUCAAAUAACGCUCAGGCACUCUCACGGGCGCACGUGCUGGCUGCACUCGCACGCGCACGUGUACCCGGUGCGGUACGCGGACGGGCGCGGCUCGUCACACCAGCAGCAGGUCACGUGCUACAGCUUCAAGGACGUCAACAACUGGUGGAUCGUGAAGCGGCCCGAGCAGCCGUCGCUGGCCGUGGCCACGCCGCCCGACGCCGUGCGCCACGGCGAGGUGGUGCAGCUGCUGCACGGCAUCACGAGCAGGGCGCUCAACUCGCACGACGUCGCCGCGCCCGUCUCCCCGCAGGCGCAGGAGGUGUCUUGCUACAUCGACUACAACGUGUCGAUGUCGGCACAGAACCUGUGGCGUGUGGAGAUCGUGAACCGCGCGAGCGAGGACUCCACCUGGGACAGCAUCCGCUCGCUGGUGCGCCUGGUGCACGUGGACUCGGGCUCCGCGCUGCGCUUCAGCGGGCGCCAGCUGCCGGCCUGGGGCUUCCACCAGCACGAGGUGGUGGCCGACAAGGCGCUCACCCACCAGGACACCAUUUGGAAUGUGGAGGAACAUCGGUAUACUAAAGCUGAAGAUAGAAAGGAACGUGAACGCGAGCUGGUGAGCGCGGAGAUGAUCCCCACGGCAGCCACGCAGCUGACCUUCUGGGCCAAGUUCAUGGAGCUGCAGUACAAGAUGCUGACGCACGCCGCCGACGCGCCGCAGGGACACAUGUUCGCCAGCGAGCCGCUCGAGUGGCCGCUGCUAGUGCGCUCUAUCGCCUACUGGCUCUCCCCUAACUCUAAUGUAAGUGUCACACAUCACAAGUUCAUGCAGCUGCAGCACAAGAUGCUGACGCACGCCACCGACGCGCCGCAGGGACACAUGUUCGCCAGCGAGCCGCUCGAGUGGCCGCUGCUAGUGCGCUCUAUCGCCUACUGGCUCUCCCCUAACUCUAAUGCUCAAGUGCAUCUAAUCGGUAACAUGAUAACAUGGUACGCGGGCACCUUAUCAGUGCUGCUAUACGGGGGCGUACUCGUCGUAUACGCGAUACGACAGCGACGAGCGUUCUCCGACUUAACGCCUCUCGCCGCACAAAAGUUCUACGACGCCGGGUGUAUCCUCUUCCUAGGUUACUGGCUACACUAUUUGCCCUAUUUCUUUAUAGACAGAACACUUUUCCUGCACCACUAUCUGCCUGCUUAUAUAUUCAAAAUCCUCCUUUUAGCCUACGUAAUAGACCAUAUCUACUAUAAUAUCUAUGUUCGUGAAAGUAUAAAAUCGCUCACACAUAUAUUUGUACUGUGCAUAUAUAUUUGGUUGGUGUAUGUAAUUAUAACGUUCCAAAAGUUCAGUGUUUUGAGUUAUGGCAACACUGACUUGGCGGAAACCGACCUGUUGAAUCUGAGAUGGAAGGACACGUGGGAUUUUAUUCUUCACAAGAAAAAAUAACUUUUUACUGUAUAUUUUAUGACUGAUGCCAUAUUUUUGACUUGUUUGAAACGAAACAGAAUACUCACAUUUUUGUAACGCUUAUUUUACUUUUAUAAAUCAUAUCUGCCAUGGUUUUGUGGAUCUUUUUCAUUAUUAUAAGAAUCUCAAUUAUAAACUAUCAUUUUUAUGUGUAACAGUGCAUCAGAAAAUAAUUCUUGACGGCCUCCGUGGCGCAGUUGUAUGCGCGGUGGAUUUACAAGACGGAGGUCCUGGGUUAGAUCCCCGGCUGGGCCGAUUGAGGUUUUCUUAAUUGGUCCAGGUCUGGCUGGAGGAAAGCUUCGGCCGUAUCUAGUUACCACCCUACCGACAAGCGAUUUAGCUUUCCGGUACGAUGUCGUGUAGAAACCGAAAAGGAGUGUGGAUUUCAUCCUACUCCUAACAAGUUAGCCCGCUUACAUCUUAGAUUGCAUCAUCACUUACCAUCAGGUGAGAUUGUAGUCAAGGGCCAACUUGUAAAGAAUUAAAAAAAAAAAAUGAAAAUUUUCUAACUGAAGUUAUAAUUUAAGAUUUAAAAGAUUUUAAGUGAAGUAUGGUUAGAUAAAAGAACAAUGUGCACUGUGUAUUUAUUAUUUAAAAAAAAAAACAAUUUUUAAUUUUAUUAUUAAGACUAAAAAGAUGCUACUGCCAUAAGACAUCACAAUUUUUUGAUUUGUUUUUAAAACUCAAUAUUAAUAUCACAAUUUUUAUUUUAGUUAUGUAAGAAUAAACGUUAUAUUAUAGUCAGCUAGUUUCUAUAUUGUUGUUAUGUACAUCACAGGUUUAUACAUGUAGGUAAUGUAUUAGAUUAAGUUAGAUAUUAAUAUAGAGAAGUAAAUGUGCAAACUUUUAACGUCCAUAGAAUUUGCACUAGUACAGCUAGCGGCGUGAAAUCUAGCCGGUUUUAAGAUCAUCACUUUACUAUGUUAUACCUACCAGUUUAGUUUUUAGGGUUCCCUAACUCAAAAGCAAAAUACAAAACCUUAAAGGAAAAUCACUUAAUUUUCCGCCUGUCUGUCGGUGGCAAGAUCCUUUAUCUCGGGAAUUCGUGGGAGGUAUCGAAUUGAAAUUAAAACCUACCUACCUUCUUAUAUGAUUACCAACUACGUAAGGAAAAAAUCUAUAAUCUAUACUUUUGUAAUUAACACUUGCACAGUCCAGUGAGCCGAGUGGCUCACGCCAGUUUCUCUUCACGCCUCUCAGAGUCCAAAUGUUUCAGAUUAUUAAAUCCUUUUUUUUCCUCAUUUAUUUAAUAGUCCUGUUUUUUUUAAUUUUUAACCUAUUUAUAUAAAAUACAAAAUAUAAUAUAAAACACUGUUUUAAAAUUUAUGAAAAAAAAUUUAACCCUACCGCUGCGAGGCGAGGUGGUCAAGACUCCAGAAUGAGGAACCUCCUCACAAUACGCGUCGUCCCAAGAAUAAUUACCUUCUGUAUCCGACCCUUGAAUCUUGAUCCAGCAGAUAAGCGAAAGCUCCCUAUAUAUUUUCAUGAUUCAAAGUUUUCAAUUUAUGAUGGAUAUUAUUAAUUGUACCUACGGAAAAUUGUUUUUAUAUUAAGCUUUUCUGUUAUGUUUGUUUUGAGUAAGUAC